AUGAAACGAAAGCUAGACGUCAAUGAUGCACCAACGGUCGAGGUCCCUCGAGAACCAGAAGAACAUGGGUCGUUCGGUUCCUUUGGCCUUGACCCUCGCCUGAUGCAAGCCAUUGCAAAAUCAGACUUCUCCCAUCCUACACCCGUGCAGGCGAAGGCCAUUCCUCUGGCGCUCGAGGGGAAAGACGUGCUUGCGAAAUCCAAGACAGGUUCUGGAAAGACCGCCGCCUACGUCCUCCCUACUCUGCAAGCGAUCCUGCGCCGAAAAUCCUCCUCCACAGACCUCAAGGCUACCUCUGCGCUCGUCCUCGUGCCCACGAGAGAAUUGGCCGAUCAAGUAUACAGAGCCUUCAAUGCCUUCGCGGCGUUCUGCUCGAAAGAUGUACAGACACUGAAUUUGACACAAAGAGUGUCGGACACGGUCAUGAAUGCUGUGCUACAGGAUUUCCCAGAUAUCAUUGUCACUACCCCUGGCAGAGCGACUCAAUACCUCGGCUCGGGCAGGCUGUCUCUUGAAAACAUCCAGCAACUCGUCAUUGACGAAGCUGACAUUGUACUUUCCUAUGGCUAUGAAGACGACAUCAACGCAAUCGCUGCGGCCCUCCCCCGUGGUGUGCAGACAUUCUUGGUUAGCGCCACCCUAACGCCAGAGGUCGAAGAGUUGAAAACCAUCUUCUGCCGUGACGCGGCGGUGGUCAAGAUUGACGAGAAGGAAGAGAAGGGCGAGGGAGUAACUCAGUAUGUGGUAAAGUGCGGAGAGGAUGAAAAGUUCUUGCUCAUAUAUGUCCUGUUUAAAUUGCGCCUCGUCAAGGGAAAAUGCUUGGUGUUUGUGGCAGAGGUUGACAGAAGUUAUCGGUUAAAGCUCUAUCUGGAGCAGUUCGGGAUAAAAUCGUGCGUGCUGAACGCCGAGUUGCCAGUCAAUUCUCGGUUGCACGUGGUCCAGGAGUUCAACAAGGGACUUUACGACAUUCUCAUCGCAGCCGACGAUCAAGAGGUUCUGGGGGGCGUUGUGAAGAGGCAAAGGACACAUGAACAGAUCGCAGAAGAUCCAGCCAAUGAAAUGAGCGAGGAGGACGAGGACGAGGAGCAACGACCGGCAAAGAAAGCAAAACAGUCAAAGAAACAUGAAAAGGACUAUGGGGUGUCGAGGGGCAUUGACUUUCAAAACGUGGCUUGCGUGAUCAACUUCGAUCUCCCCCAAACCUCCAAAUCCUACACACACCGCAUUGGCCGAACAGCCCGAGCCGGGAAAGCAGGAAUGGCAUUGUCGUUCGUGGUUUCUAAGGAAAAGUUUGGCAAACACAGGGCGACCAGCAUUCCCUCGGCGAAGAACGAUGAACGUGUUCUGGAGAAGAUCAUUGCCCGACAGACCAAGAAAGGCAACGAAGUGAAGCCCUAUCAUUUCGACAUGGCACAGGUGGACGCGUUCCGUUAUCGCAUGAAUGAUGCACUACGCGCCGUGACGGGCGCUGCUGUGCACGAGGCGCGUGCGAGAGAAAUCAAGCAAGAACUGAUCAAGUCGGAGAAGUUGCGAAAACAUUUCGAAGAGAAUCCCGAAGACUUGCGACACCUGAGACAUGACGGCGAACACGGGGCCAUUGUCCGGCAUCAAGUGCACUUGAAGCAUGUCCCGGAAUACCUGAUGCCGGCAGCGGGGAAAAAGGCGCUCGCCGCCGACGAAGUCGGGUUUGUCGGGCUAAGGAGUGAUAAUAAGCGCAAGGACAGCAAGAAGCGAGGAGGGCGCAAGGCGCGGUUCGGCGGGAGAUCUAAGGGGAAGAUUGACCCGUUGAAAUCCUUCAGCGCGAGGAAGAAGCGUUGA